CCUGGCACUUUCACAUUAUUAACUUCCUCGCCUCGCGCAAGAUCACUGAGGAGCCGAUGACUCGGCGGCAACACGGCUUGUCGAUCUCUCCAUCUUCCGGCCCAUUCAUAUAGCGACCACGAUCCGUCAUCUGGCCGGGCGACCACGCUCGCCACAGUCGCCAUCGCAAUGCCACCUCCACCAGCAAAGCCAGAGUCUGGCGCGGCAUCGAAGGAAGAAAACAUUUACAUCCCAUCUUUCAUCAGCAAGCGUCCGUUCUACGCUGGAGAGGAGGGCGAUGAUGCCGACUACCUCAAGCACCAGCGGCGCGAGGAGAAGGCCGAGAAAUCGCAAUGGUACGAUCGAGGGAGGAAGGCCGGGCCGGCGGCAACCAAAUACCGGAAAGGCGCGUGCGAAAACUGCGGCUCUAUGACUCACAAGGCCAAAGACUGCUUAAGUCGUCCCAGAGCUAAAGGCGCAAAAUGGACGGGCAAAGAUAUUCAGGCAGAUGAAAUCGUCCAAGACAUCAAACUGGGCUGGGAUGCGAAACGAGAUCGGUGGAACGGAUACGACACGAAGGAAUAUCGUAACGUGGUCGAGGAGUUCAAUCAAAUGGAAGAGCUACGCAAAGAGGCGAAGAGGGCCGCAGAUGGGGACGACGCCGAAGAUGAGGGCGAUAAGUAUGCCGAGGAAAACGACAUGAGCAAACAUCAGAGCACGGCCACGCGACAGCUCAGAAUCAGGGAAGACACAGCAAAAUACCUCCUCAACCUCGAUCUCGAAUCCGCCAAGUACGAUCCGAAAACACGAUCAUUAGUCGACGGCGGUGCGACAGGGGGCAAGUCCGCCGACUUAUUUGCCGAGGAAGGCUUCAUGAAGUCGUCCGGCGAGGCAGGAGAAUUUGAAAAGGCACAGCGGUAUGCGUGGGACGCGCAAGAGAAGAUGGGCGACACUUCGCAACAUCUGCAAGCGAACCCGACGGCCGGUGCUUUUUAUCGAAAGAAGGAGCAAGAAGAGGCCGAGAGGAGGCGAGCAGAGCGUGAGAGGCAACUUCUUGAGAAGUACGGUGGAGGAGACCAAAAACAAUUGCCGGCAUCAGUGCGUAACAUGAUGAUCGCCGAGUCGGAAACGUUCGUCGAAUACGAUGAGGCGGGCUUGAUCAAGGGCGCUCCCCGGAAGGCGGUCAAGUCAAAGUACGCGGAGGAUGUCAUGGUGAACAACCACAAAUCCAUCUGGGGCAGUUGGUGGUUCAACUUCAAAUGGGGAUACGCGUGCUGUCAUUCAUUUAUCAAAAACAGCUACUGCACUGGAGAGGAAGGCAAGGAAGCUUGGGGGGCUGCGGAACGACAGAGGACGGGGGUGAAUCUGAUUGAAAAUGGUCCAGCUCCUCCAGAAGCUUCGCAAGAGGAAGAGACACCUCGGAAAGAAGUUGUCGAGGCGAGCGCCAAGAAGCGCACUCGCGAAGAAAUGCUGAAUGGGGUAACGGAGUCAGAGAUGGAGGAAUACCGGCGGAAGAGGACAGUUGCGGACGACCCAAUGGCAAAACUGCUCGGGAGGGACGAGCUACUGCAUUAGGUAGAUGCUACGGUGUGCUCGGCAUACUAUAGAGAGGUCACCUCACAGUGAUGAUCAAGCGCUUGACUGUGUGGUAACCACUGUAUCGCAGGUUGUUGUGAGCAGGGGUGCUUUAGAAGUUGCACCUGGAGCCCUGAUAGACGCACUUUCAUGAUCCUUUAGCUCAUCCCCUCACAAGAAGCACACUGCUCGUUGCCACCUACUCAUCAAAUAACAUGUCGCCCCGUCAUGAUGUAAGUCAUGAGGUGCGAACGGAUAGCGC